AUGCUCGACACCGAGGCCAAUGAUUCUCUGGAACCGGUCUUCCUCAGGGACAUGUUCAGCGCAGCGCCAGUUGGUUUGUGCACUAUGCAUGAUGACCUUUUGCUUGAUGGCGACCGGCUGACCUUGUGCGCGGGUGCGAACAGCCCAAUAAGAGAGAACGCUGGUAAGAAAUCUCAAGGCUGUCAUCGUUAUCCGUUUACAUCUGUUCUGUAUGCGAUCGAGGUCAUAAAUACAGCUACCGGCUGCGAUCGAGUCACGUUAAUUAAUUCGACGUUGCAGAAUCGAACAAAACAAUACUCCCACGCUGCGGAUAUCUGUGCUCCAUUGUGAACUGAAUUGGAGACUGUUCUUUUGUUUUACGUAUAUAAUAAGGUAAAGAUAAGAAAUGAGAUAGUAACAAGAAUAUAAAGAAAAAAAAAAAAAAA